CAGCGAAAUGGUAUCAAAGUUUAGUAAGCUCUCGCAGUUGCAGCAACAGUGUUUUUUUGUUUUUGUUCGGUUGAAGAAACGCCAGUUUUGUUCGAAAACUCAUAAUGUUCUCAAAGGUCCUCGUCGUGCUCGCUGCCGUCGCCGUCGGUGUCAACUCGGUGGCCAUCGGAGUGGCCCCAGCCGCCGCCAUUGUCAAGACCGAGGAGUACGACGCCCAUCCCCAGUACAGCUUCUCGUACGACGUCAAGGAUUCGCUCACCGGCGACAACAAGCAGCAGCACGAGACCCGCGACGGUGAUGUUGUGUCGGGACAGUACUCCCUGGUUGAACCCGACGGCACCCGUCGUACCGUCGACUACACCGCCGACCCCGUCAACGGAUUCAACGCCGUCGUGAGCAAGUCUGCCGAUGCCGCCAUCGUCAAGACCGUUGCCGCUGCCCCUGCCAUCGUCAAGACCUACGCCGCCGCCCCUGCCAUCGUGGCCCAUCACGCCCCCACCGUGACCUACGCCCAUGCCCCGGCCGUCGUCGCCCACCACGCCCCAGCUUACACGUACGCCCAUGCCCCGGCCACCGCCGUUGUUGCCCACCACGAGCCAGCGUACGCGUACGCCCAUGCCCCAGCCGUUGCCGUGGCCCACCAUGCCCCAGCCCUGACCACCUACGCCCAUGCCCCGGCCUACGUCCACCACGAGCCACUGCUGUCCCACACACUGCUCCACCAUUAAGGACCUGUCCCCACUUAAGUAAGAUUUAUUGGCAUCAUCUGCGCUCAGAUUCUUGGACCAUGAUAGGAAGUUAUCGCCCUGCCCGCAAUCGUGUAGGCUUCACACUUUACAAUGGCUCAAACUUGUUCUGUUUUUUUGUUUGUUGACAACUCAUACUGAUAUACAUUCACACGCACACACUGGUAGCGACUGUAGAUGAGAUUUUUACAAUAAAGUAUUUUGUACGUGUACAAUUAGUCAUCUAAGUUUAAAAC